AUGACGGUUGAGUACAAUGACCUCCUGGACACCAUCGCACAAGCUAGUGCCAAUGACCAGCGGGACAUGAAGCGCAUGGGCAAAGAACAGGAGUUCUCUCGCAACUUCCGUAUCAUCACUUCCAUCGCCUUCACGUCCUGUGUAAUGGGCACUUGGGAGAUCCUCAUCGCCACCUCUACUCCAGCACUCGUCGCAGGCGGCACGGCCGGCCUGUUCUGGUCGAUUAUAUGGAGUUACGUCGGGCAGACCUUCAUCGUCUUAUCGCUAGCUGAGAUGUCGAGCAUGGCACCAACGGCAGGUGGGCAAUAUCACUGGGUCUCGGAGUUUGCACCUCGCAAAUACCAGAAGAUUUUGAGCUACACCUCGGGAUGGCUGAGCACACUGGCCUGGAACUCCAUGGUGUCCACCGCAUGCUUUCUCUGUGCACAGAUUGUGCAAGCCAUGAUUAUCCUGAACAACCCUAACUAUGUCCCUGAGCGAUGGCACACGACCCUUAUAACUAUUAGUUUCGCGACUUCCUUCGGAUCGUUCAAUAUAUUUGCCGCCCCGUGGCUUGCCACACUGGAGGGCAUAUUCGCGUUCUUGCAUUACCUCGUAUUCAUCCCUCUAGUUGUCGCAAUGUGGGUACUAGCACCUGAGAAGCAAUCAGCUCGGGUCGCACUGCUCGAGUUCCAAGAUAACGGGACCGGUUGGGGACCUGCAGUCGCUACGCUCGUUGGCCAGGUCACCGCGAUAUACACAAUCGUAGGCUCCGAUGGGGCAGUGCACAUGGCUGAAGAGAUACGAGACGCGAGCAAAGUCGUUCCGCAGUCAAUGUGGUGGAGCUUUCUCGCCAACGUCCCACCGACGCUCAUCGUACUCGUCGCGUUCUGCUUCUGCCUGGGCGACACCGCGUCCGCAAUCGAUAGCGCGACAGGCUUUCCGGUCAUUGACAUGUACAGCCGGAUGGCGCGCACGCCUGGCGGCGCAAUCGGCCUCACCUUUGUCACACUCAUGCUCCUCGCCAUCAUCUGCGCGUCUACACAGGCGAGCACAUCGCGUCAGACAUUCGCAUUUGCGCGGGACCACGGCCUGCCGUUUGCGCGGUUCAUCGGUGCCGUGCACCCGCGGUACAAGGUCCCCGUGAACGCGAUCGGCGCCAACGUUUUGUUCGCGACCGUGCUGAGCCUCAUCAACAUCGGCUCGACCACCGCAUUCAACGCGCUCCUCAGUGUCGGCGUUAUCGCACUCAUGGCAACUUACAGUAUCAGCAUCGCAUGCGUCCUGCUCAAGCGCCUGCGUGGUGAGCCGCUCGCCCACGCGCGGUGGACCUUCAUCAAGGACGGCGCGAGCGGGCACGGCGGCAGCUUCGGGCGGUAUGGCGUGGUCGUGAACGGUAUUGGGCUCGCAUUUUCGCUCUGGUCGUUCUUCUGGUCAUUCUGGCCGCCGGUGAAGCACGUCCAGCCGGUGAGCAUGAACUGGGCCGUCGUCAUCUUUGGCGGCAUCAUGGGCCUGGCAGCGGUGACCUACAUUGUACAUGCGCACCGUGUGUACGAUGGGCCUGUAGCAAAAGUGGUCACGCUAGAGCAGGAGAGUGUAGACGAGCUUUCGGGGGGAAAGGGUGACGAUAUUUGA